AUGAUGAACCCUCACCACCCAAGUGCCCGCACGCCUUCCCCCGGCCGGCCGUUGGAAGCCUACCAGCUGUCGGACAAUCCAUACGGCCACAGCGGUCAUCUGCCUAUGCCAUCCACUGAUCGCUUGGCCGAGCAACCAACCUACUCCGUUGAGAAUAUCCACGGCUCCUACGGCCACAACGAAAUGUACGAAGCACAUGGAGGUCACUACCCCGGUUACGAGUACGCGGUCGACCCGAACGCCCACCAUGACGCAUACUACAACCAGCCGUACGAGCCCACUCAUACACCGCAGGAGGACUACGACUUGGGACAAUAUCCAGAAGGUGGGCAUACUCCGUUUGAGGACCCCAACGCUCCUAUGCUGGGGCAAUCUCAAAACCCCUUUGAGGGGCCAGAUCCAUACAGAGAUGAGUUUCAAGACGAGCGGCCAACCCCUAGCCCGGCGCCCAUUCGGCGCUGGAAGACGGUCAAGGAAGUUCAGCUGUUCAACGGCAAUCUCGUGCUGGAUUGCCCCAUUGCCCCGCGGCUGCUCAGCCAGGUGCCGCACGCCGAGCCUCCGGGCCGCGAUGAGUUCACCCACAUGCGCUAUUCGGCGGCCACCUGUGACCCGGCUCAAUUCUUCGAAGAGCGCUUCACGCUGCGCCAGAAGCUGUUCGCCAAGCCGCGCCACACGGAGCUGUUCAUCGCAGUCACCAUGUACAAUGAGGAUGAUUUCCUGUUCGCGCGCACCAUGACCGGUGUCUUCAAGAACAUUGAACACAUGUGCUCGCGCACCAGCAGCAAGACAUGGGGCAAGGAUGCUUGGAAGAAGAUUGUGGUGUGUGUGAUUAGUGACGGUCGUGCUAAGAUCAACCCCCGAACUCGGGCUGUGCUGGCCGGUCUGGGUGUGUACCAGGACGGUAUCGCCAAACAGCAGGUCAAUGGCAAGGACGUGACGGCGCACAUUUACGAGUACACGACGCAGGUGGGCAUCGAGCUGAAGGGCGAACAGGUCCAUCUGAAGCCGCGAUCGGGACCCCCCGUGCAGAUGAUUUUUUGUCUGAAGGAAAAGAACCAGAAGAAAAUCAACUCGCAUCGCUGGUUCUUCCAGGCCUUCGGUCGUGUGCUCGAUCCCAAUAUUUGUGUUUUGUUGGAUGCGGGUACCAAGCCCGGCAAGGACUCGGUUUACCACCUGUGGAAGGCCUUUGAUGUCGAGCCCAUGUGCGGUGGCUGCUGUGGAGAGAUCAAGGUCAUGCUGUCGCAUGGCAAGAAAUUGCUGAACCCUCUGGUGGCCGGCCAGAACUUUGAGUACAAGCUCAGUAACAUCCUGGAUAAGCCCCUGGAGUCUGCGUUUGGGUUCAUCACCGUGCUGCCCGGUGCCUUCUCCGCCUACCGGUAUGUUGCUCUGCAAAACGACAAGAACGGUCAGGGUCCACUGGAGCGAUAUUUCAUGGGUGAGAAGAUGCACGGCGCCAACGCCGGUAUUUUCACUGCGAACAUGUACCUGGCCGAGGACCGCAUUCUCUGUUUCGAGAUUGUGACGAAGCGGAAAUGCCGGUGGCUCCUGCGAUACGUCAAGUCGUCAACUGGUGAGACGGAUGUGCCUGAUCAAAUGGCCGAGUUCAUCUUGCAACGACGUCGUUGGCUGAAUGGCAGUUUCUUCGCUGCCAUCUACGCCAUCACCCACUUCUACCAGGUCUUCCGCAGUGACCACAGCUUCCUGCGCAAGUUCAUGCUGAUGAUCGAGUUCAUCUAUCAAACGAUUGCCAUCAUCUUCGCUUGGUUCGGUAUCGGUAAUUUCUUCCUGGUUUUCCACAUCCUGACGACUUACUUGGGCGCAUCCAAUCUUUUGGGUACGGUGGGUAAGAUCCUGGGAAUUGUCUUCGAAUGGCUCUACCUCGCAACUCUGGUCACUUGCUUCGUGCUGGCGCUGGGAAAUCGCCCCGGCGGGUCCAACAAGUUCUAUAUGACCAUGGUGUACUUCUGGAUUGGCAUCAUGUGUUACCUGUCCUUCGCCGCCGUAUUUGUCACGGUGAAGUCGGUUCAGGAAGACUUGAAAGAUCACCCGCAUUUCGAAGUCAGCGAGAUUUUCCGGAAUAAAACCUUCUUCUCGAUCGUUGUUUCGAUAGGCUCGACCUAUCUUAUGUGGUUUGUAGCCUCGAUCAUCUUCCUAGAUCCGUGGCACAUGUUUACCUGCUUCAUCCAAUACAUUCUGCUCACCCCGACAUACAUCAACGUCCUGAACAUCUACGCCUUCUGCAACACCCACGACAUCACCUGGGGAACGAAGGGCGACGACAAGGCCGAGAAACUGCCGUCCGCGAACCUGAAGCCCGGCGGCAAGGUCGACGUGAACAUCCCGCAGGACGACGGCGAUCUGAACGCCCAGUACGAGGCCGAGCUGCGCUCGUUCUCCAUGAAGCCCCCCAAGGAGGUGAAGAGCGUCUCCGAGGAAGAGAAGCAGGCAGACUACUACAAGGGUUUCCGCAGUGCUGUCGUGCUGGCCUGGGUGUUCUGCAACUUUGCGCUCGGCGCUGUUGUGCUCAGCGCGGCGGGUCUGGAGAACUUCGAUAACAAGGAUGCUGCCUCCAACGGCCAGGAUCUCACCCAGAGCAACCGGUCCCUGAUUUACAUGCAGGUCGUGUUGUGGAGUGUGGCGGCGCUGUCGUCAUUCAAGUUUGUCGGUGCCAUGUGGUUUUUGGUGGUUCGGAUGUUCCGCGGCGUUUGA